UGUAUGACCUUUUACCAACAAUCAAUUCAUAUUUCAAAUUUCACACGUUAUUUGUAUAUUAUUAUAGUUAUUAUGAUAGAAGGAUAGAUUAUAUCAGAUAUAGUAUAGAAUAAAUUAAUCAAAAAAUCCAAAAAAUCGUUAGUCAGAACAGUAUCUAUUGAACCAUUGCAAAGAUCAACCAUCGUGUACAUAGAUCAUCCAAAAUCAUCAAUAGACUCAUCAUGGCAAAAAUAUCAUUUCGAACGUUUAAUUACUGGGGAUAUGGGAUAUACAAUGACUUGAAAAGUAGACUACCUUAUUAUAGAUCAGAUUUCGUUGAUGCCUUCAGUUAUAGAGUUAUCCCAUCCACCACAUUUAUAUUCUUUACCAAUUUAUUACCUGCUUUAGCAUUUUCCCAAGAUAUGUUUGAUAAAACUAAAAAUUCAUAUGGUGUCAAUGAAGUAUUAAUGAGUUCUGCCAUAGCAGGAGUGGUAUUUGGUUUAUUUUCAGGUCAACCAUUAUGUAUAGUUGGAGUUACUGGACCUAUUUCAAUUUUCAGUUAUACCGUUUAUGAAUUAAUCGAACCUAGAGGAACACCUUAUUUCCCAUUCAUGUGUUGGAUCUAUCUUUGGUCAAUGGUGUUCCAUAUAAUCAUUGCAUUUGGGAAUUAUAUUUCAUUUUUAAAGAUUAUAAGUCUGUUUUCAUGUGAUGCAUUUGGAUUUUUCAUUUGUUUAGUAUAUAUUCAAAAAGGUAUACAAAUUUUAAAUCGACAAUUCCUUGAAAUCGAUUUAGCAAGUGGAUAUUGUUCAGUUAUGAUUUCUUUAUUAAUGAUUAUUUGUGGAGUGGGGAGUUUCCUCUUUGGUAAAUACUUACAUUAUUUCAAUCAUUGGGUUCGAAAAUUAUUUGUUGAUUAUGGAGUAUGUAUAUCAGUUAUAUUCUUUACUGGUUUCAUUCAUUUCGGAGGUCAUUUAUCUCAAACUGAAUUAGCAAGAUUACCCACUACAAACUCUUAUCAACCUACUUUUAAUGGAGUAGGUCGUGAACAUGGAUGGUUUAUCCAUUUUUGGCCAGGAGAAAACAUAGCUGUAAGUGAUGUAUUCUUAGCUAUUCCUUUCGCUAUAUUACUUACAUUUUUAUUUUACUUUGAUCAUAACGUAUCGUCGUUAAUGUGUCAGCUGAAAGAAUAUCCCUUGAAGAAACCUUCAUCAUUCCAUUGGGAUUUCUUCUUAUUAGGUUUAACUACUGGUUUGGCUGGAAUAUUAGGAUUACCUGCUCCAAAUGGAUUAAUCCCUCAAGCUCCCUUACAUACCGAUUCAUUAGUGGUAUAUAAUAAAGAUGGAAAAGUAUUACUGGUGGUAGAACAACGAGUGUCAAAUACAGUACAAGGAUUACUUACAUUCAUAAUGAUGACAAAACCAUUCUUGGUAGUAUUACAUUUAAUCCCACAAGCUGUAUUAUCAGGAUUAUUUUUCAUUAUGGCAAUAACUGGUCUUCAUGGAAAUAUCGUUACGAAUCGAUUACGAUUCUUAUUCCUUGAUACCGAAUACGUUCAAUAUGAUGAUUCAUGUCCUCAAGUAUUCAAAGAUAUUCAACAAAUUGAACAAAAGAAAUGGUUUUAUAUUUACUUAUUGUUAGAAAUUAUAGCGGGAGUAUCUGAAUUUGCCAUUACAUUAACCAAAGGAGCAGUUGGGUUUCCUGGGGUAUUAAUGUUUUUUGCAAUUUGUGCAAAAUGGGUAUGGCCAUUAAUUAUUCCGAAACUGGAAUUAGAAAAAUUAGAUGGUGAUGUAGCGGAUGAAUCUAUAUUAAGAAAUUUAAAUAUUAUAGAGUAUAUUAAAGAAAAGGAAGGAAAAAGUGGAUCAGGGUCAUAUAAGGAAGAAUAUGAAGAUGAUAUUAAUUUAUCUAAUUUUGAAAUUAUACACAGAAAAACAUAGUGUUUAUAAAGUUUAAUAAUUUUAAUGCAUAAUUAUGGUUAAUUACAGAUCGGCUGGAUAACUUUUAAUGAAUCCGAGCCUGGUUAGAAUGUUUAUAAUUGUAGUAAGACUGAUGUAAAUUUUUCAUUCUCUGCUCCAUGCUUAAUUUGAAAGAAAAAGUCUCUCUCGAGAACCAUGACAUGACAUGUCAUACUAUAGUUUUACUAUACGAUGAGAACAACAAGGACGGAUGAAUUGCGGAGAAAUAUUCAAUUAUAACUAAUUAUAACUAUCUUAAGUAUAUUGGGGGGGGAUUUAGAUGUGGAUAACAGAGGAGUCAAAAAUGAUAAAAAAACAUCUGUUUUUUUAUUUUUUAUGUUAUACUGAAUAAGGAUUAUAACGUGAUUGUUUGAAAAAUUGUAAACAAUAUGCUGUUACAAUCCUGUCAUGCACUUUGUUUCAUUGAU